AUGAAAUAUUCAACAACGCCAUUGCUUGCUUUAAUCUUCUUUUUCGUCAUCAUAUUGGAAUCAAACUCAUCCUUGGCAAAUCCCGAGACUUUCAUACAAUGCCUAACCACAAAUUCCGACCCCAAACAUCCCAUUUCCUCCGUCGUGUUCUUCGCCGGAAACCGCUCCUACUCCACCGUACUAGAAGCCAAUAUCCGUAACCUCCGUUUCAACACCUCCACAACUCCAAAACCCUUCCUCAUAAUCGCCGCAACACAUGAAUCGCACGUCCAAGCCGCGGUUACUUGCGGCCGACGUCACAACCUCCAGAUGAAGAUCAGAAGCGGCGGCCACGACUACGACGGUUUGUCAUACGUUACGUACUCUGGCAAACCGUUCUUCGUCCUCGACAUGUUUAAUCUCCGGUCGGUUGAUGUUGAUACGGCGACUAAAACCGCGUGGGUCCAAACCGGUGCCAUUCUUGGAGAAGUUUAUUACUAUAUAUGGGAAAAGAGCAAAACCCUAGCUUAUCCCGCCGGUAUUUGUCCUACGGUUGGUGUCGGUGGCCAUAUUAGCGGCGGAGGUUAUGGUAACAUGAUGAGAAAAUUCGGUCUCACCACCGACAAUACUAUCGAUGCAAGAAUGGUCGACGUCAAUGGGAACAUUUUGGAUAGAAAAUUGAUGGGAGAAGAUCUAUUUUGGGCAAUAAACGGAGGAGGAGGAGGAAGCUACGGCGUCGUUUUAGCUUACAAAAUAAACCUCGUCGAAAUCCCUCAAAACGUCACCGUUUUCAGAAUCUCCCGUACUUUAGAGCAAAACGCGACGGAGAUCGUUCACCGGUGGCAAACAGUCGCGCCGGAGCUUCCCGACGAGCUUUUCAUAAGAAUAGUCCUCGACGUCGUAAACGGCACCGUUUCGUCUACAAAGACCGUUAGAUCAAGUUUCGUAGCUAUGUUCCUCGGAGACACAACUACGCUACUGUCGAUAUUAAACCGGAUAUUACCAGAACUGGGUUUAGUCCGGUCUGACAUAACCGAAACGAGCUGGAUCCAAUCGGUGCUUUUCUGGACGAAUCUCCGAGUAGGUUCAUCGGAAAAACUUCUCCUCCAGAGGAAUCAAACCGUGAAUUACCUCAAAAGGAAAUCAGAUUACGUUCGUGAACCGAUUUCAAAAACCGGUUUAGAAUCGAUUUGGAAGAAAAUGAUCGAGCUAGAAAUUCCGACAAUGGCUUUCAAUCCAUACGGCGGAGCAAUGGCGAAGAUUUCGUCGACGGUGACUCCAUUUCCGUACAGAGCAGGGAAUCUAUGGAAGAUUCAAUACGGUGCGAAUUGGAGAGAAGAUGGAUUAACGAACCGGUACAUGGAAUUGACGAGGGAGUUGUACCGGUUUAUGACUCCUUUUGUUACCAAGAAUCCGAGACAAUCGUUUUUCAAUUAUCGUGAUGUUGAUUUGGGGAUUAAUUCUCACGAAAGUAAAAUCAAGAGCUAUGUUGAAGGUAAACGUUACGGUAAGAAAUAUUUCGCGGGAAAUUUCGAGAGGUUGGUGAAGAUUAAGACUAGAGUUGAUAGUGGUAAUUUCUUCAGGAACGAACAGAGUAUUCCUGUAUUACCAUAG